AUGUUGAUGAAGACAUUCAGUCCACUUGGUUUGAGAAAGUCAAAGAAUUUUCUAUUUCUGAUCAAGAUGGAUCUGGAAUUUUGAACUCAAACACACUACAAGAGUCUUCUGUGAAAGACAAUAUUAGUAAAUUGGAUAAAGAAUNUAGAUUACAAUAUGUCAAAACAACCUAUCCUGAAUUCAUCCCCUUAUCAAAUGAGUUCAACAAGUUAUUGCCGGUUCUUAGCAAAUUAUCUUCUCAAAAUGAUAGAAAUGAAAUAUUAGAGAUUAAAUUUACAGCUUUAUCAUCCUACCUUGGACUAAUCACUAAUUAUUUUGCGAUUUUCAUAUCGCAAUUGAAUACAGACGACUUUUCAAUGAGAGGUCAUUCCAUAAUGGAAAGUAUAUUGAACUGCAGAGAAGUUUGGAGACAAGCAAAUGAGCUACCUGAUAAUAUAGAUGAUAAAAAUAGUAUUGAUAAUGGUAACAUGAAACCAUCGAAUGCUAAUAUAUCCACAAACAAUGAAGAAAAAAUGGAAAUCGACGAAGACUACAGUAAGAGUGAUGAUGAAGAACAGUUAUCUAAAAUAGAAGAUAAUAAUACGGUGCAAAACGAAAAAGAAGAAGAGGAAAUAUCCUCUGAUGAAUCAGUGGAAAGCANAAUUUAUGGUGAAGAUGAUUUUGAUAUUACUAUCAAACGUACAAUAAAGAAACGUGCUGGAAAUGCACCUGAUUUCUUUGAAAGUGGAGCAGCUGAUGUUGAUGUUGAAGAAAAGAAGGCUCGAAAACGUAACUUGCGAUUUUACACCUCAAAAAUUGACCAACAAGCAAACAAAAAGGAUUCAAGAUACACUGGUGAUAUGGAUCUUCCUUAUAAAGAACGUUUGUUUGAAAGACAGCAAAGACUCAUUGAGGAAGCACGCAAACGUGGUCAAAAAGAUAGUGGAUAUGGGGCUGAUCUUGACGAUAACGAUGUAAAUUCUGAUGACGAAAAACUAGCAAAAGAUAUAAACAACGAUGGAUCAGGUGUUUCUUAUUAUGAAAGUAUCAUGAGUUCCAAGAUUGAGAAAAAACAGAAGCGUAAAAAUGCCCAUAAUAAAGUGGUAAAAGCAGCCAAGGAAGGAAAAUUGAAAGAAAUGCAGGAGUCUGUUGACGAGGAUGGUAAAAGAGCAAUCAAUUAUCAAAUUCUUAAAAACAAAGGACUCACUCCCAAACGUUCCAACACAAACAGAAAUGCAAGAGUUAAAAAGAGAAAGAAAUACGAUAAAGCACAAAAGAAACUUAAAAGUGUUCGUGCUGUAUACUCAGGUGGACAGCAAGGCUCUUAUGAUGGUGAGAAGACUGGUAUCAAACAGAAUGUAUCUCGUUCCAUCAAAUUCACUUAAUUCUAUUUGCAUUUUUAAUAUGUUCAUUUAAAUUGUAAUUUAUACUUUUUAUUUCAAGACUUUGAAGAAUUUAAGUCAACUAGCAUGAUGUUCUUUCCUCGUGUAAUUUGCAGUUAUUGGAGUUAUUCCUGAUCAGAUAAGUUUAAAAUUUCUUCUAGCGCAUCGCGAUAAUAUUUUUCAGGCUUUGUUUUAUCUAUAUCCAAUUUCAAAAAUCGUUUUGAAACCUCUUUCUGCAUAUUGUUAGAAAAUUUUGUUUUGAAUAUAUUUUUAGAUGGUGAUUUUGAUUUUUUUGGUUAAUACUUACAGCUAUUAUCAAUGAUUUUUUUUCACUUUCUGUUAAUGUUGAACAGGCGAUUAC